CAGAUUUUCUCUUCCAAAAUGACUUUCCGAGUUCUGGUUUUGUGUCUGGCAUGUUCUGGGCUUGGAAAGGCAAAUGUGGUUCCACAGGCUGAAUCCAGAAAUGUGAGAGUGGGCGACAGUGUGACUCUCGGCUGUGUCCUGACACAACCCAAGAAUGCUCUGCAAGUGACAUGGCAAAAGGACUCUGAAGAAUCAGAGAAUAAUAUAGCUACAUACAGUAAACUGAAAGGAUCAAAUAUUCACAAGCCUUAUCAAGACCGAAUGAAUUUCACAAGUCUGAAACUCAACGAGACAAGCAUCACUUUUUGGGACACUAGAAUGGAUGAUUCAGGGUGUUACAAAUGUCUCUUCAAUGUUUUCCCUGAGGGCUCCUUGUCGGGACGUACCUGCCUGAAUGUCUCUGGUCUCAAUGCAUCUGUCCAUUACAACAUUUCUGAAGGUCAUUUGAUCGUCAUCUGUAAUGCUGUUGGCCUCCCAGAGCCCACCAUCACGUGGAACAACUUGUUCAAUUCUACUCCUACAGAGAAGACAGUCAAGCACCCCAAUGGGAUAGUGUCCGUUACCAGUAAACUGGAAAUCUACAACACUCAGAGUAUCAGUGCAAAGGACUUGACCUGCAGAGUGAGCAACACGAAUGAAAAAAUGGAAUUACCUGUGAAAAUGAAAAGAGAAGAGGGAAUCUCGUUGCUUUGGCUGACAAUUAUUGCGGGGAUUUUAAUUGUCAUCAUAGUUUUGAUUCUGAUUAUGCUGUUCUGGAAGAAGAUAAUAUGCAGGAGGAGUUGA